CCGGCCGCUGUCCCGCGGCGUGGCAGCGAUGCCGCUGCAGCUCAGGGAUUACAGCUGGCAGCAGACUCCGUCUACAGUCUUCCUCUCUCUGCCCCUGCGUGGCGUCUGCGCCAGAGAUGCGGACGUGUUCUGCACCGAGAAUUACCUGAAGGUCAAUUUCCCCCCAUAUCUAUUUGAGGCAUUCCUCUAUGCUCCCAUAGAUGACGGGAGCAGCAAAGCAAAGAUUGGAAAUGAUGCUAUUGUCUUCACCUUAUAUAAAAAAGAAGCAGUCAUGUGGGAGGCGCUUUCCAUGUCAGCUGACAAAGAGACGAUGCAGAGAAUAAGAGAAAAAUCUAUUUUACAAGCACAAGAGAGAGCAAAGGACGCUACAGAAGCGAAAGCUACAGCAAGACGGGAAGAUCAAAAAUACACAUUGAAUGUCAUGAUGAAGAUUGAAGAAGCAGAGAGGAAAAAAAUAGAAGAUCUGAAGGAAAAUGAGCGGAGAAAAGUAACUAAAGAACUGGAAGCCUGGAAGGAAUGUCAGAGAAACGCUGGGGGACACAAGGGAGCUCAGGGAGAAGAGAAAGGAGGCCGUGAGGAAAAGCCCUUUGAAGAAAGAAAACAAUUAAAACAUCAGAGACUUACUGGAAGCUGGACAUCCAGACACAGUGCUGCAAAAGGCAGAGACCUGGGAAGCAUAUUUGCUGUGCCGCUGGAGAAGGAGCAAGUGCCUGCGCCCCGAUCGGCCCGGAGCAUUGCUGUCAGCUUCACCCCGCGCGCCUUCCCCACAGCACUGCGCGAGUCCCAGGCAGCCCAGGAGGAGGAGUGGCUGCACAAGCAGGCCCAGGCUCGAAGAGCCAUGAACACCUAUGUGCCUGAAUUUUUCGAUUUAAAAGAAGAAGAAAAGAAUCCAGAGUGGUUGAAGGAAAAAGGAAACAAACUGUUUGCAACAGAAAACUUCUUGGCAGCGAUUGAGGCGUACAGUGUGGCCCUGAAACUUAAUGACAGAAUCCCAGAGCUGUUGCUGAACCGGGCCGCUUGCCACCUGCAGCUGAAGAACCUGCACAAGGCCAUCGAAGAUUCCUCACGGGCCUCCAGGACUAUGAGGCUGCGCUCAGGAUUGAUCCAGCCAACACGGCUGUCUACAGCGAUGCUGAGAAGAUUCGAGAUGUCAUCAAGGAACAGAACUGCUAGGAGCAGCCGGGGUGCACCAGGUACUUACAGUGUUCAGUACCAGGUUUUUAAAUUUUUCAAAAAUAGUGGCACACCCUGUGGUCCUUCACCUGGAACGCUGAAGCCAGAUGAUCUAGUUCUAGGCUCACCUGGGCUAUGUGAAUUCUGUCUCAACAAUGCAAACUGGAGAUGCCAGGAGUCUUUGUGCAUAUUGUGGAUGAUCGUGCAGAAUCUGUCUACUGUUUAACAUUUUAGUUCUUUACUGCUCAGCAUUACCUAUCUGUAGAAAAUGAAAUGUUUGCUUUAUAUAAUUUCCAAUGAGAAUUACCAUGUUAAAAAAAUUGUGA